AUGGAUGCUGAAAUACCGCAAGGUAUCACCGCUGACUCAAUCAGACCCUGUUCCAUCGAUGAAUUGCUCGCGGACAUUCACGUCGGGACAGUGACAGAUCAAUCAGCUUCAGAAGAAGAUUUCUAUAUCGGUGCCCUGGACGACAGCGCCCGAUAUAACUCUGAAAGUGACGGCAGGAACAACAGUAGCAACGACGCUCAAAAUAUGAUUCAAGCAGCAAAGAACGACCUCUUCAUCGGUCAGAACGCAGCUAUGGACGAUGAAUGGCCCAACAACUCGCUCCCGACACCCCCGCGGUCGCCGGACAACAGCUCAAACGCUUUCGAUGAUGAACUCAGAUAUCACUUCGAGGAGUUGAUCGGGGACGCAGAGGCCCUCGACCUCCUCGAGGAUAUGGAGCUCGAUUUGCAUCCGAUCGUAGACGACCUCUUGCUGAAUGGCCUGCAUGGUCCGAACCAGGACCCGACGCCGGAGAACGCCAUCGGCUCAGAGGUUCGCCACGAUUGCAUGUGGUCUGGAAAGUGCGAUGCCUCCUGCAAGCAACGCGUUCGCUACUCGUCAGAGAACUCAGACAUCCAGCUGUUGACGCCUGCAUCGUCGCCGCUCAGAACGAGUGGACUGGCUAUCUUGACCGUGGCGUCGGGAGCCGUCGACGACUUCGUUGAUCCAUCAGCCGUGAUGAGCUACACACCGCACGCGGACCACAGCUACUAUCAGCCCGAAGUGGAUCAUCAGGCUGUUGAUAUGAUCGCCGUUCCUCAGAUCACCGUCGCCACUCCAGUCAAUGCGACUGCGAAGAGCAUAUGGCCCGAAGAACCAUCGUCAUACGAUCUCUCGGACUCCUCAUCCUCAUCGCUAUCUGACGAGUCCGAAGAGACCGAGUCUGAGACCAUCGAAGACGAGGAGGAGAUCGAUGUCGUAUCGGUGCAGUCGGCCCCCGUACGAGCUCACCAGAGGAGCCUGGCGGCGCACGCUGCCUCCUCGCAGCGCUCGCUGCUCAAGUCGAAGAACUUGCAGAAGGCUGCGGCUCACAAGCAGAGGAAGCAGAAGGCUUCGGCUUCGGCCCCAGCGACGCCGUAUCUUCUCACUCCGGUGCAGAGCCCUCAGCCCAGCAAUCCUGCCGGACCCGUCGAGUACCCCAUGCCCAAGGUGACGUCUUCAGGCCGAAUCGUGCAGCCCACGAACCGAAGCGCGUCGUUCCUUGAGGCUCAGCCCCAGCACUCCUCGCGAAAUGGCGGCGACCACCACCGCAGAAAACGAAAGAGCGACCACGCCGCGCCCAGCAGUCGGUCGAAAGCGAGCAGAACCAACAGCUCGACGAGCCGAGUUUCGGACGUCGAGGACCCCGAGAAGCGGAGAGAGCACAACUCCAUGGAGCGCAAGCGGAGAGACGACCUGAGAUCGGCUUUCCAACGGCUACGCGAGCUCGUGCCCGAAGUAUCAAACUCGCCGAAAGCCGCCAAAGUCGUCAUCCUCGCCAAGGCUGCUGAGUACUCCCGACGACUCCAGCAGGAUCUGAAGAGCGCUGAGACGCAGAAGAAACUCGCCGCCGAACGAAACAAGCGGCUCCAACAGACCCUCAACCUGCUCCGACAACAACAUCUGCAGCCACAACAUCAGCAGCGUAGCAGUAGCCUGAGUCUCAACACGAUGCGAUCAGUGCCGGUGUAA